GCCGGUAAAGUUAUUGAAUUAUAGAAGCGUAUAGGGCAUACUACGUGUAAAGUUGUCGUGGCAGACGGCAUGCAAAAUUCCACUGGUCUUAUUAAGCGAGAGUGAGAUAAAAGGGUGUGAUACCUAUGAUAAACUUGAUCAGCUGGGAGAUUUAAUCACCCCUGGAUCUGCAACACUUCUAAGGCAUCACAAGAUGGAUUAUCGCCGUUUAUUCAACGUGUGUUUUGUCUGUGCUUUUCUGGUGUCGUCUGCUCUCGGGAAAAGAUUCGUUGGGGGUGAUUACACGUUUGAACUGCCCGACAAGGAAAAGACGUGCUUCUCGGAAAUAUUCACAGAUACUUCUAAAAUACUGUUUGAAUUUAAAGUGAUUCGCGGCGGCAACAACGAUGUGGACGUCAAAGUGAUUUCCCCUGCUGGGAAAAUAGUGUACAAGCAAGAGAAAAUAUCCGGGGACAUUGUCACAAUGGAACCGACAUUGGGUGAAUGGAAAUAUUGUUUCAAUAAUGAAUUUUCCUCCAUAUCUCAUAAGACAAUCUUCUUCAGUAUCCGACCAUUCAGCGUGGACUCCCUUUCAAAGGAAGCUGGCGGAAAACAGGUCCCAACAGUCAGAGUUGCUGCUGAAAUGUCUAUGGACGAAAUUCAUGUUAUGAUGUCUCAUGUUAAAGAGUUCCAAACAAGGUAUCGUCUGCGCGAAUCUAUAGGUCGCCAUAUUGCCGAACAACUAAACGGGCGCGUCAUGUGGUGGUCCAUCGCCCAAGCAGUCAUUGUUAUGCUGACAGGCUUUGGACAAGUUAUGGUCUUCAAGACAUUUUUCACCGAACGCAGGACAUCAUCUAAGCUAGAAGACGCCGAAAAGCGAACAUAAUUUGGCAAUAGGGCGACAAUCGUUAAUGGUUUAAGCAGUGUAGUAUACCGGUAGUGCUAUAUAUAGACAAUGUCAUAUGAUGUAGUUUGUCAUGUCAUGUGAUGGUAUCCUGUCGUAAUUGAUUGAUUCACAAUGUAAAACAUUGAAUAACUCUUUGUAUGUUGUAUUGUGUGUUCCGUGUUUGUGCAGAAUAAAUUUUAUGUAUAUAUUGAUA